CCUGCUCUCCCCUCCAGCCUUCCCUCCCGGACACGGAGCGGCCAUGCCUCCCAAAUUCAAGCGGCACCUGAACGAUGACGAGGUGACGGGCUCGGUGAAGAGCGAGCGGAGGAACCUGUUGGAGGAAGACUCUGAUGAAGAGGAAGACUUUUUCUUGAGGGGGCCUUCUGGACCCAGGUUUGGACCCAGGAAUGACAAGAUCAGGCAUGUCCAGAACCAGGUGGAUGAAGUCAUCGAUGUCAUGCAGGAGAACAUCACCAAGGUGAUCGAACGGGGCGAGCGGCUGGACGACCUGCAGGAUAAAUCAGACAGUUUAUCAGACAAUGCAGCAGCUUUUAGCAAAAGAGCCAAGCAUCUCCGGAGACAGAUGUGGUGGCGAGACUGCAAGAUGAAGGCGAUCAUAGCGAUGGUGGUGCUCGUUCUCCUGCUCGUCAUCAUCGUCCCCAUAGUCCUGAAGUACCACUCCUGACAGGGCAGCUGGAGGCUUCAGUGGAGCUGCCUCUGGGAUAACCCAACUGCUGUGUAAUUUAAGUGAGAUAUCUGUAUAUAGCUUGGAACUUGUUUUUUCUCCUGGGAGCAGGAGGUGGUGGCAAGCAGCCAGUUCUGAGGGAGUGUUUUUAAGAACUACCAACCAACCUUUUUCCAGUCCAGUACCUGUUCCUGCUGUCAGACUUUUUUUUUUUUUUUUUUUAAUAACACAAGAUUCAGAUCCCAAACUGCCUGGCUUUGGUUUGGAGCUGGCUACUUGCCCCUACGGUCUAUCUGUAUAUAUGGUUGAGUUGUAAUAUUAAUAAUAAUAAUAAUAAUAUGUUUUGAGCAGCUCCCUGCUGCCUGCUGUGGAAGGCAGAGGGAACUCUGAGUCAGAGAAAAGGAAGGGAUAAAUGUCUGAAGGGAAAUAUACCAAUAUAUUAUAGGGAAUGGUUUCAUAUGAGGGCAACUUGCAGGGGUGUUCUUUUUCUCUUGUUAAAAAAAAAAAAAAAAAAGAGAAAAAAUGAAAUUAGGUUUACAAUCCAGAAGACUUUCUGGUCCUGCCAUGGGAAUGCACAAGCUCAGUGUUGUCAGUAUUGCUGCUUACAGCUGUGACUAAAGACAUUCCAGUAAACCUAUUUUUGACUGUA